UCUGACUCCGACAACAAGUGAAAAUAUUAGAUGCGAAGUAUAUACGGUAAUAAUAUUGAUGUUAAACAAACACAAAAGUGGCAGGAUCAGUUAUUAAUCAAUGUCAAUAGAAGCAUCGAUUAUCUUAAGGGAUUUGUUCAUACGAAAGCAAAAUAGAUAGCCACGACAGAAUAUCUGAUGAAGAUAUCACUGUCAAACAUGCCCGAAAAACAAUUAUGGAAAGUGUUCCUACCAUCCAGCAUGUUGACUUGUCCCAGUGGCUAUAUAUACGGAUCUGUACUUGAAAGAACUCAGACAGUAUGCAUUCAGAAAAUCAGUGAGAGUGAAAAUGACACCCCAAACAGUUCAGUGGUUGGAAUUUGGAGGUCUCGUAAAGAAAAGAAGACUGCAGAAAGUUUAGAGGAGAUAAAAACCCUUUCUCACGGCGAUAUCUUUAUUAAAUUGUGUAUAUCUGAAUUUGGUUCCAUUUCUUGCAGCUUGCAAAACCUUGCAAAAAAGCAUCUGGAAUCAAAAUGUCACUGCAUUUUAUAUGAUCCUUGUGAUUUGCUCUCCUCAUACAUUCUUACAAAUAGAUCUUUCAUCAGACAAACAACAACUGUCAAUACGAGCAAUGAGGUGGUGUCAUCCUGUGAAAACAUAUCGUCACUUGUGUCAUCACUAUUAACAUUUUCCAACAUACCAGGAGAGAAAUAUGAAGCAAAGGGAAGAAAAGAGGUGAAAGAAAUCUCAAGGAUUUCUACACAAGGAAUCUUUUAUCCAUUCUGCCAACUUAUGAUAUGCCCAUUCAUCUCAAUUUUCCUUCUGUUUGGAAAAAUAUUUGACAACAGAUGCACAAAGAGCAGCUUGGCAAAGACCUGUCUAGAUGGCCCCACACUGACUCGACACAUUCGAUACAAAUGUAGCUUCUUGAGAAGAAGUUGUACUCACAAAAAUGAUUCUCCACUAAAUAGGCUGAAGUUUUUGGAUUCCUGUGGCCGGCAGCUGAUUGAUACAGCACUAGGUAUAUGUGUGAUGGUUGUCAUGGUGAAUGCCACACUCGCAGACAAUGCUGCCACCAGCAUCAUGGACUGGGCCGAUAACGUGGCCAGUUCUCUGACUCGGUUGAUCAACUGGAUGAUGGGGGCACCUGCCGGUCUGAAGCUCAACACUCAGCUCACACACUUCCUGGGACACUUCUUCCUCUACCAUAUCUACCUGUGGACAGGCUACCUGUCCCUACUGCGACCCGUCCUGGGGGUGCUGCUUCGGGGUAGCAGUGUGUUGGGGGUGAUUGGGGCGUCAGCCCAGCUGUGUCUAGUCCAGGACGUCAUCUCCAUGAUGACAGUACACAUCUACUGCUUCUAUGUGUACGCAGCAAGGUUAUACAGUCUGCAAGUAUAUGCCCUUGCAUCACUGUGGCGUCUGUUUCGAGGCAAGAAAUGGAAUGUGCUGCGUCAUCGAGUGGACUCGGCCGUGUACGACAUCGAUCAGCUGUUUGUGGGGACCCUCUUCUUUACCAUCCUUCUCUUCCUCCUGCCCACUACCCUGCUGUACUAUGUCUUCUUCCUUGCGCUGCGUGCAGUGGUGCUGGUGACGGAGGGGCUGCUGACGUUGUGUGUGUGGGUCAUCAACCACCUCCCUGUCUACUCCCUCAGCAUGUGGCUGCUGGGGUCCAACACAGUGGCAGGUGAUGUGCGGUUCUCCGUGGUGCCAGAUUCCUACACUGAGACCUCCCUUGUGCUCACAAUGCAGCCCUCCCAUCUGCCUCUUUGUGAACUCCUGAAGUCGGUCAAGGUGACGCCGACACACACGCAACCCUCGGACUCCUUGGCAACGCUACUGCACAAAGUGAUCAAAGGUCAGCUGAUAUACCCCUGGAUAGAUGAAAAGAGCAGCAGUGACAAGAAGAAUGUCUAGUCUACCACAGUAUGAGGCUGGGGUGCAGUAUAGUCAUCGUGGAGACAGCAGCAGUGAUAAGAAAAAUUUCUUGUCCACCACAAUAUGAGGUCGGGGUAUGGUAUCGACAUUAUGGAGGCAGUGCCUUUUAAAUUCAAAGUGCAUGAUCAGAUUUAUGAUUCUUUUCCCAUGGACUAGGGACAUUUUUCCUAUUCUUGUUGAAAAUUAUUUGGUUUUGGAAAAUGUUAAUGACUACAAAUCUUAUUCACACCUUCCAUAUAUAUUCAUGUCCUCCAUGAAGUCUAUGUAAUGUAUGUAAUUCUGCCCGAAGCUCACUUCAGUGAGAUCUAGUUCCCUACUCAAGAUUUAGAGAAUAGCCUAUGAGCAACUCAGAGUUACAAAUUUUCUGUUCCAAGGCAGUUUAUUUUAUAAGUUUUAAUAUUUAUUAACGAGGGACAGAUAAUCCGUAAUUCAGAGUUGUUGUGUUGCCAGUUACAAGUAGUUUUUCUUUAUAUUACCCAUAGUUAUUUUUCUGACAAAAUGUUCAAGUAAAGAACUGUGAGUUUCCUGAUCUCAAAUUGAGACAUUAUCUCAGUUACUGUAUUGUUGGAAUGAUAUCACAUAAUUCAUCUUCAUGAACUACGGAUGAUAUCAUCUUCGAUUAUUGAUGAUAAUGCAUUUAUUACUUGUCUGUGAAGAGAUCACCCGUUUUAUAAACAUACAGCUGUAUUACACAUUGUGUAAUACCAAAAUCCGUGCUUAUGUACUGUCAGAACAAGUUUCAUGAACAAAUAUUGAAAGCUCUCAACACCCCUUGGCUAAUUCAACGACAUUGCGUGUGGAGAUCACUGAGAGGAGCUUACGCACACUCGAUGACCCCAGCAACCUUGUUAGGCUGACUGUUUCGCCCAUGGAUCUUGCAACAAAAUUCAACAAAUUAUGUCAUCGGGUAUUGUGACGUGAUUGUAAACUUUGUGGUUCAGAGCCCCUUUCCACAAGAAGAUCGUACUGUGGUGCAACGUCAGUCGUAAGUCUAUAUUAACGUAUGUGAGUUGCAAUGAAACCUUAGCACUACGAUAACUUUGUGGAACGGACGCCUGAAUUCUAAAGGUGGACCGUUGUAUGGUAUUAAAUUAAUACGUUUUAACAUUUGACGUGUUUGAAGUAUUAUUCUGUUAAACUCAAUUGGAUAUUAUGCCAUGGAUCGUGUAGGUGUCAGCCUAUUCACACGUGACAGUGUAAUUCUAAAAACGUUAUAAAUGCAAGUAAUAAAUAAAAUACUAAACUUGCUACCGUGUAAAACCAAUGAAACUUAUGAAUAGAUGUGAUAUCUGACUAGCUUUCACAUUGAUAUUACACGGGAGCUCGUUUAGUAUUCUAUAUUUAUGUGACAUCCUGUUGACAUGGGCCUCUUUGAAAACAAUGGUACUAUUGUUAUAAUGCUCAGCAAGUGUUGCUGAAAAUAAUUCUAUAUCUUAUAGGAUUUCUUCUUGCAUGCAUAUAUUUUUGCUCAGGGCAGGCUUGAAAUUGUCGUGUUUCAGAAUUAGCUUUACAAUAUUUAAAAAACUACAAAAGUGAAAAAAAAUAAAACCUUGGAAAUCUGCAUAGAAGUUAGAUAAAUGGAACAUCAGAUCACUGGGCUUAAACAGCACCAGGUUUAAACAUGACAGGUGUUUAUUAUCAGGAGCAAUAAUCAAGUGGAAUAUUGUGUAGACAGAAAAUCACACAAAGACAUCGAUGUAAGUCAAGGUGAAGAUGAAGUUUUUUUAUGGUGCAGUACAGUAUUAUAGUUUGACCAUCUCAGGAAGCUUAGAGAAGUGCCUUUCUUACCGCAGACAGUGAGGUGAUGCCCGGCAUCACCAAAACAUUCACUUUCCUGUCAACACACCAUCGUGGCUUAUGCAAGUUAUAGAUGUACUAUGUCAAUAUCUGUCAUGGCAGUUAUAGCUCAACCUUCCAACCUGACCUAGGUCGCCUUCUACCAGACUGGUUAGCAUGUGUCUGGAUGGCUUGUCAGAUUGUGUGUCUGUGAUGUGUCUGUUGUUUGCCUGUCAUACGUGCCCUUGACGUGUGUAUCAUGUGUCUUGAGUAUCUGCUUUGUGUCUGCCAUUUGUCUUCUUGAGUAUGUAUUUUCUGUGAUGUGUCUGUCGCUCAUCAUUUUCAUACUGCAGUUGACAUGUGUGUGUGUGUGUGUGAUGUAUGUCUGGCGCAUGUUUCACUGGUUUGUCUGCCAUUCAUCUUUAGUAUGUACCUGUGAUGUAUUUUCUGCAUGUGAAGGAUGUCUGACUAUCAUACCGUAUUCGACGUAAUAAGCGCCCCGCUCUAAUAAGCCCCCACGGUGAUAUUUGCUAAUAAUAAUUCCUAGUGAACAAUCCCAAUUAGAACCCCUUCGGGUUGAUCAAUGUA